AUGGAGAACAUUAUAUCUUGUGCUGCAGACGGUGCUCCAGUGAUGAUGGGCAAGAAAAAUGGAGUUUUAAAAUUAUUGAAAGACGACAAUCCCCAAAUGUUGUUAGUGCAUUGUGUUAUUCAUAGACAGAAUUUAGUUUCCAAAAAAGUUUCCCCUGUUCUAAACGAGACAUUGAAUGCAGUUAUUCAAUGCAUCAACACUAUAAAAGCUAAUGCCAAAUGUGAGCGUCUUUUCAAACAAUUUUGCAAGGAUCAAAAUGCAGACUGUGUAAGAUUAUUACUUCAUACUGAUGUAAGGUGGUUAUCAAAUGGGAAUUGCCUGAAAAGAUUCAUGGAAUUAUUUGAUAUUCUUAGUGAGUUCUUGGAUGACAAACCUUAUAUGACUCUGUUACUGACAGUUGAUGGUAAAGCACUUGUCAGUUAUUUAGCAGAUAUAUUUGAAAAACUCAAUGUCUUAAAUAAGGAGCUCCAAGGAACAAAUAUGACUCUUGUUAAUUCAAAGGCCAAGAUAUUUGGCUUUAUAUCAUUUCUGGAAUUAUCCCAAGAAAAUAUUUCUGUCAAAAAAUUUGAACAAUUUUAUUGGCUGAAUAAAUGCGAGGUAACAGAUGCUACUUGUCUUGUUAUUGUGGAGCACUUAAAAAUAAUGGUAAGCGAUUUCAACUUCAGAUUUUCUGAUUUCAAAGAAAUUAAUUAUCCAUCUUGGAUGACUCAGCCAUUGCUAGUGGAUCUGUCAGAUGUAACCAUGGAGUAUCAAGGAGAACUUUCAGAAUUACAAAAUGAUGACUCGAUUAAAGCCCUGUUCAAAAUAAAAGGAACAAUGAUGUGGCUCUGUGAAGAAGAACAAGCUAAAUAUCCAAAUACAAGUAGUUUGGCAAGAAAACUACUGUUACCAUUCCCAUCGUCAUACUUAGUGGAAUGUGGAUUUAGUGCUGUGAAUGACAUAUUACUGAAGAAAAGAAACCGACUGGAUAUCACUAAACGAGGCGACUUGAGAUUGAAAUUAACAAAAUUUCUGCCUCGGAUAAAAUCUCUUUGCAGUAGACAUCAGGCUCAAGGGUCUCAUUAA